UCCUCCGUCACUCUCCACCUCUCUCCUCCUAAUUUCAGAUCCGACAUCCGAGACCGAGCUUGAUCUCUCGUUCACUUGAGUGUUGAGAGCUCACAUAGAAGUUUUUGCACAGCAGAAGGAACCUAGCGUUUUUCGUUCUUCGCUAUACGCAUUUGAAUUUCUUCGAACAUUUGCAAUCUCAUUUCAUCUAUCGUAUUGAAUAUUGAUCAUAUAGACCAACUCGAUUGAAUUGGAUCUGUGACUUCCUUGUCACGAUCUGGUAUGGUCGAUAGCAGAUCACGCGUUGCCAUCUGAGAUUGUUCUCACUGAAACACAACUUCCUAAUUCUGGGCUUCUCAGAUGUAAUUUCGAUUCUCAUUGUCCGUGUCUUUGUUUUAUUUUUAAUGGAGAAAAUCGGCUAGCCGAUGGGAUCGAAAUCUGGCCUAAUUCAUGGUUUAUAGAUCAUAAAGAAUGGAUGCAUCUUCCCCGCCGGGAAGUUUCUCGGUGGUUGAGAGGACAAGCAGUAAUAACAGUUUGGCUCUCGGUCGAACUAGUUCGGCUUCGAUCAGGUCGCUUACAGAGCACGAAUCGUCUGCAUCUUCCUCUUUUGGUGGAAGUCAAAGCUUAGCUUCGAUUCUGAACAAUCCACAUGUUGGCAAGUCUGGUGUUUAUGGCUCUGAUGCUUCUUGGGUGGGUUGGUGGUCUUCCUCGUCAGGCGGCGGUCCGCCCGAAUUGGCACCCUUGACGCUGAACAAGGCGGUGUCCUUCACGGAGGUGAACCGAUCCGAUUUCCAACGUUACUUGGCUUCGAUCUUGGAGUCAUAUGCAAAAUUCGAGGACAUCAGGCACCAUGCCACUAAAGAAAACAGUGACUCGGUUGAGACCAGUUUGGCAUCCUUGAAUUCUUUUAGUAUUACCGGUGCCGGAGAAGGGGAGGUCGCCCGCGGUCAAGGUGAAGCUCUUGUUGCGUGUCUGAGAGAAGUCCCAUCUUUGUAUUUCAAAGAAGAUUUUGCGCUGGAAGAUGGGGGGACAUUUCGUGCGGCUUGCCCGUUCUCGACUCUAUCGGAGAAUGUGGUGUUGCAGGAGAAGUUAUCGCAGUACUUGGAUGUUGUUGAGUUGCACUUGGUGAAGGAGAUCGCGCUUCGAUCGGAUUCUUUCUUCGAAGCUCAGGGGCAACUGCAAGACUUGAAUGUCAAGAUUGUAGAGGCAUGCGGUCGGAUCCGUGAACUGAAGGAGACCAUAAGGCUCUUAGACUUGGAUUUGGUUGAUUCCGCCAGGCAGAUUCAGGGGUUGAAUGUGACGAGGGGCAAUCUGUUGGCUCUCCAACGAAAACUGAGGCUCAUCUUAAAUGUGAACCAAGCACUUUCAGCUCUGAAGCUGCUAGUUGCAGCGGCAGAUUGUGCUGGAGCAUUGGAUGUCAUUGAUGACUUGCAAAAUUUAUUGGAUGGUGAUGAGCUUACCGGUCUUCAUUGCUUCCGUCACCUUCGGGACCAGUUAGCAACAUCUCUGGAUUCCAUUAACAGCAUUCUUUCAGCGGAGUUCAUGCGUGCAUCUAUGCAUGAUACCAAAGAUGUAGAUUGGCUAAUUUUAUCAGAAGUGAAAGCAAAGGCUUCAAAUCUCACCAAUGGGAAAGAUGAAGAAGUUAAGCUGGAUGAAGAGGAAACUGCCAACUUUCAUGAUCGUCUUCUCCCCCUUAUUAUUGGAUUGCUCAGAACAGCAAAACUUCCAGCUGUGCUGAGGUUAUAUCGUGAUACACUUAUUGCCGAUAUGAAAACUGCCAUUAAGACCACAGUAGCAGAGUUGCUUCCUGUUUUGAUUUUACGGCCCAUGGACACUGAUUUGAUCACUGGAGAACGAGCAAUGGAUACAGAUGGUGGAGGCUCAUCCCUUGCAAGCAAGCUGCGGAACCUUUCAUCUGAAAGCUUUAUUCAACUUUUGGAUGCUAUUUUCAAGGUUGUACAGGCACAUUUAUUGCGGGCUGCUGAAGUGAAAAAAGCCAUUGAGUGGAUUAUGAGCAACCUUGAUGAUUACUUUGCUGCAGAAUCUGUUGCUGCUGCUGUUGCACGUGGUGCAGCAGCUGCAGAAAUAGCUCAAGAUACUGAUGGUCUUCUUAGUUCUCCUGUGCCGUAUUCUCUUCAGAGGACUGCUUCUAAGGUUUCAUUUCAGGGAAAGUCAAAUGAUGCUUCAAGUCCGUCAAAUAUGUCAAGAAAUUUCAGAGCUGAUGUGCUUCGAGAAAACACAGAAGCUGUGUUUGCAGCUUGUGAUGCUGCUCAUGGAAGAUGGGCAAAACUCCUUGGUGUCCGUGCUCUUCUGCAUCCGAAAUUAAGAUUGCUGGAGUUUUUAAGCAUUUACAACAUCACUCAGGAUUUCAUAAGUGCUACUGAGAAGAUUGGUGGAAGGUUGGGCUAUAGCAUCCGCGGGACACUGCAGUCCCAGUCGAAAGCCUUUGUUGAUUUCCAACAUGACUCUAGAAUGGCAAAGAUUAAGGCAGUUCUUGACCAAGAAACAUGGGUUGCGGUAGAUGUACCUGAUGAAUUCCAAGCUAUUGUGGACUCACUCCUUUGCUCUGAAUCUUUGAUCAAUGGGAGCCAGCUUGAUACUCCUGGUAAUAUGGCAGCAAGCUAUAUUGAACAAAUCUCAAAAAUCAGUGGUCCGCUCUUGGUAGAUGGUGGGGGAUCUUAUACUCAACAGCAUGUUGAGCAGCCUGACUCUGUCGAGACCUCAGUAGAUGAUAGCGGACAAAUCAAAUCCACUUCAUUGGCUGGUGGACAUCAAGGGAGUAGAACUGAUGUUUCAGUUCUUUCUACUCGAAAUGAAGAUGGUAACAUGAAGGAACAAGGGAAAUAUACCUCUCAAACCCUUGUAUAUAAAGGUCUUGGUUAUCAUAUGGUGAACUGUGGGUUGAUAUUGCUGAAGAUGCUGUCAGAGUAUAUUGACAUGAACAAUUGUUUGCCAGCUCUGUCACCUGAAGUUGUGCACCGUGUUGUAGAACUUCUAAAAUUUUUCAACACAAGAACUUGUCAGCUUGUUCUUGGAGCUGGUGCCAUGCAGGUGUCUGGUUUGAAGUCCAUUACUUCUAAGCAUUUGGCUCUUGCAAGUCAGGUUAUCAGUUUUACCUGUGCUAUUAUUCCAGAAAUCAGACGUGUUCUUUUCCUCAAAAUACCUGAGUCUCGUAAGGCACUGCUGUUGUCCGAGAUUGAUCGUGUAGCUAAGGAUUACAAGGUUCAUCGUGAUGAGAUACAUACAAAGCUAGUCCAGAUAAUGAGGGAAAGAUUGCUGGUACAUUUACGUGACUUGCGUCGAAUUGUUGAGAGUUGGAAUAGACCAGAGGACAAUGAUGUACAGCCCAGUCAGUUUGCUAAGUCCUUAACCAAGGAAGUUGGCUUUCUUCAACGCGUCUUAUCUCGAACUCUGCAUGAAGCAGAUGUUCAAGCAAUUUUCAGGCAAGUGGUUCAAAUUUUCCAUUAUCAAAUUUCAGAAGCAUUUUCACAGUUGGAGAUUACCACUCCUCAAGCAAAGAAAAGGCUGCUUCGGGAUAUUCAACAUAUUCUUGGAUGUAUUCGCUCAUUGCCGUCUGAUAAUAUAAGUACAGAUGGUGUGCCAAAUUCCGGGGAACUUGAUGAAUUCUUGGCGCAAAUGUUUGGACCCGAAGCAGGCUGAAGAAUGUGUAAAGUAGCAUAGCAGUAUAUCUGUAUGAAGACUAACCAAAUAUGAAGGAAAAAUUUUGAGGGGCAUGCAAGGAAUGAAAUCCUUGGGCUACACUUGCUUUGUACAAUUGAAGUAAGGUGUUCGAUUUGCUCCAGCCAUUACUUUGACGAAGGAUUUUGACCCCUGUUUUCUCUUGCUGUAAAAUGGGGUUUCAACCAGAAUAUAUGGGGUCAUUAGGACAUCAUGUUAACCUACUGCUGCAUACACAAUUCAGAAUAUGACUGGACUUCAUGGUCUCUUUCCAUGAUCAAAAUUUUAGGUCUAGUUAAACAAUUUUUUGUUCAAUUAUUCAGUGACACAGGACAAAAAAUUAGCUUUUGUUUCAAAUUUUGUUUUCAUUUUUUUUUGGGGUCAGUAAUCAUUUGUGUAAUCGAGAAUAAUUGUAUCUUUGAGUAUUGUUUUGAUGUAAGUUUGCCUGUUGAUUGCAUGAUUUCUUGUUCAGAUCAUUAGCCUUC